AUGGCCAUGUUUGGCGAGAAGAAGAAGAAAAAGAAAGACACCGGGGAGGAAAAAGACGAGAAGGAUGGCAAAAAAGAAAAGAAGGACAAGAAAGAUAAGAAGGAAAAGAAAAAACGUGGUCCGACAGUUUGUGAAAUUGCUGAGGUGUCAGCGAUUCCGAAGAAGGACAAACUAAAGCUAUGCAAGGUUUUGAUCGCUCCUGGAAUAGAUCCAGUCGAGAUCGUCACAAGUGCACCUAAUGUGAUAGCAGGGGCGAAGUUCAUUGCUGCACCACCUGGCUAUACAACUGCCAAUGGAGUGGAGGUGAAGGUCUCUAAGGUGGGAGGAGUCGAGAGUGCAGGCAUGUUCUGUGGGCCCAAAGAAAUGGGAUGGGACACGGAUGUGUUGAAUGGUGAUCUUGCGGUGAUGCUGGCUGAGACCGCUGAAGUAGGGGCUUCAGCGCCGUCCUAUGAAGAAGCAGUGGCAGCCUUCCAGCAGAGAGAGAAAGAAGAACAGCAAAAACGGGAGGAGGAAGCAAAGGCAUCAGCUGCAGCGAGUGCCAAGGAGGACAAGAAGGGUAAGAAGAAAAAAGGGAAAGCUGAGAAGGACGAUGAGGACUUGGACGCCAUUCUCGCGGACUUCAAAGAAGAUGCCCCAGAAAAGCCUCCAGAGACGGCAGCUGCGGAAACUCCGAAAGAGCCAAAAGAGGAGGAGCCAAAAGGCAAAAGCGCAAGUCAGAAGAAGAAGGACAAGAAGAAAGGCAAUCAAAAGGAAGAACCCAACGCUGAAGACGAGUUUGAGGCAGCUCUUGAAGAGUUUAAGCCUGAAGAGCCAACUCCAGGUGUUGCUCCUGAGCCUGAAGACGCUGACAAGGCUGAAGAUGAAGCCCUUGAUGCGAAAACUCUUGCAAAUCGAAAGAAGAAGGAGAAGAAGAAGGCAAAGCAGCAGGAGAAGACAGGAGGCGAAGGCAUGUGGGCCACCUCUCCUGCAGAUCAGCCUGAGCAAACAGAAAGCAAGGAACAGGCCAGCAGCAGCAAAGAAGCCGCUUCUAGCAAGGAUGAAGCACUGAGCAAGGCUGCAAAGGGCAAGAAGGAGAGUGCAGUUGUGAAGGCUGCAAGGGAGCGCCAAGAACAAGAACGGAAGCUUGCAGAGGAGAGGAGAGCCUUUGAGGAAGCAGAACGUCUUCGAGUCGAGGAAGAGCAACGGCAGAUUGAAGAGGAGGAGCGGAAGAAAGAGGAGGAGCGACAGCGGAAGCGAGAUGCAAAGGCUGCCAAAAUAGCGAAGCAGAAAGCGGAAGGCACUUAUUUGACCAAGAAGCAGAAGAUGCAAGCCCAGCGUGCUGCGCAGUUGCGAGAGCAGUUUGGCUACACCAUGGAGAGGAAUGAGGAUGAGGAUGCUGAAGCCGACGGGGAAAGGCCGCAGAGAAGGCCAAUGGCAACAAAAAAGAAGAAGCCACCACGGCGACCUCAGGACACAGAAGACAAACCAGCUGAGGAGAAGCCGGAGGAUGAACCAGUUCCCACACCUGAGGACGAAAAAGUUCCAGCGAAGGAAGAGCCACAGGUAGAAGAAGAGGAUGAAGAUGACGAUUGGGAGAAGAAACUUGAGGAAGAGGCAGAAGAGUCCAAGCCCAAAGAUGCAGUCGUUGCCGAUGAAGAGGAUGAGUCGGAAGAUGAGAAGGGCAGUAGCGACAGUGACAGCGACAGCAGCUCCUCUUCGGACGUGGAACUGCGCUCUCCUGUCAUUUGCAUCAUGGGGCACGUUGACACAGGCAAGACCAAGCUCCUGGACAAGAUUCGAAAAACUAAUGUGCAAGAGGGUGAAGCUGGUGGCAUCACCCAGCAAAUUGGUGCCACCUUUUUCCCUGACAUCGCCUUGCAAGAGCAGACCAAAAAGGUGGGCACGGAUUUCGAGUUGGAGGUUCCUGGAGUCCUCAUCAUUGACACUCCUGGUCACGAAUCUUUUAACAACUUGCGCAUGCGGGGUUCAUCGCUGGCCGACCUUGCGAUCCUCGUGAUCGACAUUAUGCACGGAUUGGAGCCACAAACUGUGGAGUCGUUGGAGCUCCUGAAGAAGAGGAAAUGCCCCUUCAUCAUUGCUUUGAACAAGAUAGACAUUUUGUACGAGUGGAACUCGAAACCAUACACCAGUAUUCAAGAAGCUUUGGAGAGGCAAGAGCAAUCUGUGCGUGAUGAGUUUCAAACCCGAUUCCAGAAUGUGGUUCUUCAGCUCAACGAGCGCGGGCUCAACUGCAAUUUGUACUGGGAGAAUGACGACUUCAGGACGGCAGUGUCCAUUGUGCCCACAAGCGCCCUCACUGGUGAAGGGGUGCCAGACCUGUUGUACAUGAUUCUGAAGCUGACUCAAGACUUAAUGGCGGACAAGCUUGAAGUCCAGGAGGAGUUGGAAUGUACGGUGAUUGAAGUGAAGAACAUUGAAGGCUUGGGCACAACUGUCGAUGUCGUACUUCUCAAUGGCACCCUUAGAGAAGGGGACCAAAUUGUCCUGGCCGGCUUGGGUGGCCCGAUCGUGACAACAAUCCGUGCUCUUCUCACUCCACAGCCGAUGAAGGAGAUGCGAGUGAAGAGACUUUGCUUGAUGUGUGUGAGUCCCAAGAACGAGUAUGUGACGCACAAACAGAUCAGUACAUCCAUGGGAAUCAAGAUUUCAGCACCUGGGCUGGAGGAUGCAGUGGCUGGAACUGAGUUGCUCGUUGUUGGCCCAGAUGAUGACAUUGAAGAGCUGAAAGAAGACGAGAGCAUCUUGAAUGACUUUGAGAAGGAACCCGCGGGUGUCUACGUGAAAGCCAGCACCUUGGGCUCCUUGGAGGCUUUGCUGUCUUUCUUGCAGGACAUGAAGAUUCCUGUGUUUGACGACAAGUUCACCAAAUACAUGGAGAAGUUUCGAGAAUCACAGAAGACAGAAACUCGAAAAGUUGCCGUGUUUCCUGUUGUGCUGCAGAUUGACAAGCAGCACAUCUUCCGCAAGCAAGAUCCUAUCAUUUUGGGAUGUCAGGUUGUUGGUGGCCAACUUCGUGUUGGAACCCCGUUGUGCAUACCAGACAAAGGCAACUUGGCCAUAGGCCAUGUGGCUGGCAUUGAGAACAACAAGAAGUCAGUUCCCAAGGCACGUCGAGGUGACACCGUUUGUGUGAAGAUUGAACAGACGACGGCCCAAAACCACAUCAUGUUUGGGCGGCACUUUGAUCACACCAGCCAGCUCUACUCCCACAUCAGUCGGCAGAGCAUAGAUACUUUGAAGGAACACUUCAAGGAUGAGAUGAUCAAGGAAGAUUGGGAGCUGAUCAUUGGAAUGAAGAAAGUUUUCGAGAUUCAAUGA